GCGGCGGCGGCGGCAGCAGCGGCGGCGGCUCAGGGGCAGGCCCGAAUCCGGCCCGCACCGCGGGACCCGGGUCUUGACGCGCCCCACCUGGGCUGACGUGUGCGGAGAAUGGAAACAUCUCCCUGGCAAUGUCUCUGGGCCGCCUCCUCCGCCGGGCCUCCUCUAAAGCCUCGGACCUCCUGACCCUCACUCCCGGCGGCAGCUGCAGCGGGCCCCCCUCCGUCCUAGGUGGCGAGAUCAUCUACUCCAAGAACAAUGUCUGCGUGCACCUGCCCGAGGGGCUGCAGGGGCCAGGCGAGCACCACCCAGGGUACCUGUGCCUGUACAUGGAGAAGGAUGAGCUGCUGGGGACCACCCUCAUCCUUGCGUGGGUCCCCAACUCUCGGAUCCAGAGGCAGGAUGAGGAAGCACUGCGCUACAUCACUCCCGAGAGCUCACCCGUGCGCAAGGCCCCCCGACCACGGGCCCGGCGCACCCAGAGCUUGGAGGGCCCCUGCCAGGCCUCGCCCAAGGAGCCUCGGCCAACCCUGACCCCCAAAGAUGAGGAUGUCCUGGUGGUGGCCCAGAGCACCCAGGACGCUGUGCCCAGCAGCCCUUUAUCGGGGGAUGGGGAGAAUCUGGCCCCAGGCCUGGGCGUGGAUGGUGCCCUCCUGGCCUCGCAGCCCACCCACAGCGACUCUGGCAUCCUGUCCACAGUCGGCUCACAGGAUGGGACCGAGGAGGGGCAGGGGCCACGGCCUGAGACUGGCGAGGAGGAGGGCUCCCUGGAGCUGUCGGCCGAGGGCGUGAGCGGGGACAGCUCCUUUGACUCCGACUCCGAUGCAUUCUCCUCACCCUUCUGCCUCUCACCCAUCAGUGCUGCGCUUGCCGAGAGCAGCAGCUCCGUGUUUCUGGAAAGCGAAGGCAGAGAAACGUGUGACCACCCCAUGACCUGCUCCACCAGCUCCCCGUCCAGCGCGGACACCAGCCUGCGUUUCCCCGAGAGCAACGGGCUCCUGCCACCGCCACGCUGGGAGGAGCCGCAGAGGGGCUGUGCACUGGAGCAGACCUGUGGCGUCUUCCGCGUGGACCUGGGGCACAUGCGCUCCCUCCGCCUUUUCUUCAGUGACGAGGCCUGCAGCAGCGGCCAGCUGGUGGUGGCCAGCCGGGAGAGUCAGUACAAGAUCUUCCACUUCCACCAUGGUGGCCUGGACAAGCUGGCGGACGUGUUCCAGCAGUGGAAAUACUGCACCGAGACGCACCUCAAGGACCAGAAGGGGCUUUUCAGCCCUGGGAAAAGCGGUUCCAGUGCCGGCAGCCGCGUGUUCGAGACGCCAAUUGUCCCCAGCUGUCCUCCUGUCCAGCAGGUCACCGAUGAGAAGACCUGCAUGCGAUUCUCCAUCCGGCGUCCCAAGCUUCCCUCAUCCGAGACCCACCCCGAGGAGAGUGUGUACAAGCGACUGGAUGUCACGGCCUGGCUUGGCCACCUCAACGAGCUGGGCCAGGUGGAGGAAGAAUACAAGCUUCGCAAGGCCAUUUUCUUUGGCGGCAUUGAUAUGUCCAUCCGGGGGGAGGUCUGGCCCUUCCUGCUGCGCUAUUACAGCCACGAGUCCACGUCGGAGGAGCGGGAGGCGCUGCGGGCACGGAAACGAAAGGAAUACAUGGAGAUCCAGCAGAAACGACUUUCAAUGAAGCCCGAAGAGCGCAGAGAGUUCUGGCGCAGCGUGCAGUUCACUGUGGACAAGGAUGUGGUUCGCACAGAUCGGAGCAACCAGUUCUUCCGAGGGGAGGGCAAUCCAAACGUGGAAAGCAUGAGAAGGAUCCUGCUGAACUACGCGGUGUACAACCCGGCCAUUGGCUAUUCCCAGGGCAUGUCAGACCUGGUGGCGCCCAUCCUGGCCGAGGUCCUGGACGAGUCUGACACCUUCUGGUGCUUCGUUGGGCUGAUGCAGAACACCAUCUUCGUCAGUUCCCCUCGGGACGAGGACAUGGAGAAGCAGCUGCUGUACCUGCGGGAGCUGCUGCGGCUGACUCACCUGCGCUUCUAUCAGCACCUGGUCUCGCUGGGCGAGGACGGCCUGCAGAUGCUCUUCUGCCACCGCUGGCUGCUGCUGUGCUUCAAGCGCGAGUUCCCCGAGGCCGAGGCUCUGCGCAUCUGGGAGGCCUGCUGGGCGCACUACCAGGUUAGGGACACGCCGGCGAUUUUCAGCAAUGGGCAAGUCUCUUUGACUGUAGCAGCCUUUGAAGAAAAUAGUAUUGACUCAUCCAGGAGGCGCCUCAACCCUUCCUGCCAGCAGCACCGCUCACGUCCUCCACGAGGCAGCCCCAUGGCUUUGACGAGCCCAACCUUUCCGCAAGAUGUGAAACACCUGCCAGCAUUUCCUGGCCUUCCUGACGUCACGGGAGGAUUCUAGCUGUUGAAGGUGAACCAGGAGAAAUUCUGAGCUGGUACUGCCGUGGUCGUUGUAUCAAAUCAUCAGCUCACACCUGCUGCACUCUCUCCUGGACCCUGGCCAGAUGAGUGGGCUCGCUUCCGACCGUCGUGGUUGUUGGGUGUCGUCAAGUCACCUCUGACUCAUGGCAGCCCAUGUGACAGAGUAGAACUGCCACAUAGGGUUUCCUAGGCUGUGAUCUUUAAGGGAGCAGAUAGCCAGGCCUUUCUCCCGAGGAGCUGCUGGGUGGGUUCGAACUGUCAACCUUUAGGUUAACAGUCGAGCACGUCAGCGUUGUGACAGUGGAAUAUCAGCGCUAAUAAAGGAAGCGGGGGCGGGGAGAGACCAAAACCCCAGAUUGUGGAGAAGACGCCGUGUCUGCUCUGCGGGGUGUCACUGUGCGUUUUCCAGCAGCCAGGUGGGCACCGUCAUGACAUGGCGUUUAAGCUGAUGCUACGAGUGAACUCUUAGUACCCUGCAACAGACGGGGUCAAUUCUCAGGGCUCUUCCCACCCGUGCCCUCUCCGCUUCCCAGCUUUCAUGAACUCUAGCCCACGUUACAGGAGGGAGGCCCACUGGCAGAGCUCUGUGGCUGCCAUCUUGUCUGGAGUUCACCAAUCAAGUCAAUGUUGUCUGGAGACAUUGGGUCUCAUCCUAACCCAGUAAAUGCCAAGCAGGAAAUCCCUGAGUCAUUGCCUGGGCAUCCCGACAUGAGAGGUGGGGGCAGCUGGAAGGAUGAAGGGGUAGGGGUGGGCCGAUUAGCCAGUUCAGUGUUGCCUGGAAGUGAGCCCUGUGGGGAGAAGCAGCGUCACUUUCAGGUGAUACUUAUAAACAUUUCAAGUAACCCCGAGUGAGAAAAGUCUCCAUUUUAUCCUCAUACCAUUUGCUAGUUUGCUGAUGGAGUAAGCCCCUCGGUGGUGCGAACGGCAAAUGUGCUCGGCUGCUAACUGAAAGGUUAGAGGUUUCAGUCCACCCAUAGGUACCUUGGAAGAAAAGCCUGGCAGUCUCCUUCUGGAAAAUCAGCCAUUGAAGACCUCAUGGAGCAGAGUUCUAUCCUGACACACGUGGGAUCGCCAUGAGUUAGAUCGACUUGACAGUGGUGGGGGCUGUGGGCCUUCCCCGUGGCCUGGGAGUAGCCUGGCCCCACCCCACCCUGUUUGGAACAUUCUUGCCCUUUCCUCACACCUUCCUCUCCAAGAGGAGCGCCCAUCCUGGAACUCCUCAGCGUCUCCUCACCCUAGCCGGAGCUCCAAACCAAAACCAAACCAAACCUACUGCCAUCAAGUCGGUUCCAACUCAAACUGAUCCUAUAGGACAGAAUAGAACUGCCCGUAGGGUUUCCAAGGCUGUGACCUUUAUGGAUGCAGAUGGCCACAUCUUUCUCCCGCAGAGCAGCUGGUGGGUUCAAACCGCCGACAUUUUGGUUAGCUGAGCACUUCAACCACUGCACCACCAGGGCUCCUUGGCCAGAGCUCCAGUAGCUGCAAAAGCAUCAUUCUGAGCUAGGGCAACACCGUGCCGGACGAGCUGGCAGAAAGCGGCUGGGCAGCCCAGGGCCUCCUGGGUCCCUCCCGGGGGCUCCGUGGGGCAUCCCAUCUGCUGGCAUCGAAGCUCUGAGGGCGGAUUGGGGAGUGUGGUUCUGCCUGGUCUGGGCAGUGGACAUCCGAGACUAAACACAGACUCCCCAUGCUCCAGGAGCGAGCCUGCAUCAGAGGCAGCCUGCCCUUGAAGCAUCUGCAGGAGAGCACCUCGGUCAGGAGCAGCCUCGCCACCAAGGCACCCCUUACUUGACGUCUUCGAUCGGCUUUUGACAGAGGGUUAGAGACAGAGAGGCUAUAGGGAGGGCAGAGGUGGUCUUGUCCUCCUCUCUAUGAGAUCUUCCUCUCCCUUCGUUAGCCACUAAACCAAACCAAACCCGGUGCCAUCAACCCCGUUCCGACUCAUAGUGAGUUAUAACUCAGUGAAAACUGUCCCAUCGGGUUUUUCAGGCUGUAAACCUUUAUGGAAGCACACCGUCACAUCUUCCCCCUCAAAGUGGCUGAUGAGUCCGAACCACUGACCUUUUGGUUAGCAGCUGAGUGCUUAACCACAGCAUCACCAGGGCUCCUUCGUUAGCCACUGGGGUGGUCAGUUUUAUGUGUCAGUGUGGCUAGGUGUUGUUGCCCGCUUGUCUGGUCUCACACUAGUCUAGGUGCUGCUAGGUAAGUACUUAGUAGAUGUGGUUAUAGUUAGUUGGCCUUAAGUAAAACAAACGACCCUCCGUAACAUGGGUGGGCCUCACCCAGUCAGUUGAAGGCUUUUAAGAGGGAAAGCUGAGAUUUCCUUAAGAAGGAAGCAUUCCGCCCCGCGACUACAAUGUAGAAAUCCUGCUGCAUUUCCAGCCUGUCCUACAAAUUUCACUCUCAAGACUGCAGCAUCGACUCUUACCCAGAUCUCUAGCCUGCUGGCCUGGCCACACGUUUUAAACUUGCCAGCCCCCCCAGGUCACAGGAGCCAAUUCCUCAGACUAAAUCCCUCUGUAUAGAUGAAGGCAGUGGUGGCUCCAUGGUAGAAUCCUCGCCUUCCGUGCAGGAGACCCAGGUUCGAUUCGCGGCCAAUGCACCUCAUGUGCAGCUGCCACCCAUCUGUCAGGUGGAGGCUUGUGUGCUGCUAGGAUGCUGAACGGGUUUCAGUGGAGCUUCCAACAGGUUUAAGACCAACUAGGAAGAAAGGCCUGGCUAUCUCCUUCUGAAAAUCAGCCAGUGAAAAACCCUGUGGAUCACAAUGGUCUGCUGUGUUGUACGUGGGGUCACUGUGAGUUGGGGCUGACUCACCAGCAGGUACCAGCAACAACAUAUGUAUCUCCUGUUGGUUCUGUGUCUCUGGAGACCCCUGACUAAUGUGGCAACUAACUGUAUGGUCAAUCGGGGUCGUUCAGUCUGAAGGCAGGAGGACACACAGAAGGGGUAGUGGCUGUGCCAGCAGGUUCUUCCUUGCUGGUGUGUUGCACGGCCCACCAAGCACGUUCUGACCCAGGCUUCCACACAAACCAUGUCUCAGAAAACCCAUCCCGUUGCCACUGAAUCGAUUCCAACUCAUAGUGACCCUAUAGAACAGAGUAGAACUGCCCCUCAGGGGUUCCAAAGAGCGCCUGGUGGAUUUGAACUGCCAACCUUUUGCCAAGCACCUGUAGCUCUUAACCACCGCGCCUUUACAAAUAAGACAUCAACGUAAGCGUAGGCCAGUCUUCAGAGAGGAGAGGUUUUCUUUGCCCCAAAUCACAAGGUGACCCAAAGAGCUCCCCAAAGAACCAUGGCAGCCAGAGGGUGCCCAGCCUGAGUGUCAUCGGGUUCGGUUGUCAUUGCCGCCUUUAGGUGCAGGUUCCAACCCUGGCCCCUGUUAUGGAUUAAAUUGUGUCCCUGAAAAGAUCUGUUGGAGUCCUACCCCUGGCACCUGCGAGCAGAUGUUACCAGUUAACAUGAGGUCAUACUGGAGUAGGGUGGGCCCUAAUCCCAUCCAAGCAGAGUCCUAUAACGAAGAGAACAUCCAUGGGGGGACAGUGGCCUCAUGACCCCAGAGUUAUGCUGCAGCUGCAAGCCAAGAAGCACCUGCAGCCCCAGAUGCUGGGAGAGAGGAGGAAGAUCUUCCCUAGACCUGCAGGGAGAACACUGCUGCUAGCACCCUGGUCUCAGGCUGCUGGCCUCCAGAACUGAGACAAUAAAGUUUUGUUGUUUAAAGCCACCCACUCUGUGGUCGUUUGUUAUGGUGGUCCCAAGCACUCAUCUGGCCUCAUUUGCAGAGGGAGAAACUGAGGACAAGAGAGGCCACAUGGGGCCACGACCCGCCCACUCUGGCUCUGAGCCCAGGCCGCCUCUCUCUGGAGCCCUCCCCCUGCACGUAGCUUCCGCCUCCCAAGGCCAGGCUUGGGGCGGGGGCUGACGAACUCAUCUCACUCAUCUCACGCCCCU